AAGUACUCAAAUGAAACAAUCACUGACAGCGCAUGAAUGUGACAAGGCAGCGGCACCACAGUUGCUGCAGCUGGAUGGAAUUAAGACAGAACCUGACAAUGCUCAGGAAUAUUGUCAAGUUCGACAGUCCCAAACUAAGGAGAAUGAACAGAAAGUAAACACCGCAUUUUCAGACAGGGCUUCACAGUUGACUACAGACACUCAGCCUCCUCUGGCAUCGUCUGGCAUGAACAAAACGCUUCCUUCAGUUCCAGCCACAGCUGUUCAGGUUUCCUGUUCUGGUUGUAAGAAAGUUCUCCAGAAGGGCCAAACUGCUUAUCAAAGAAAAGGGUCCACUCAGCUUUUCUGCUCCACACCAUGCAUCACUGAAUACAUUUCAUCUGCCAGUUCACCAGCUCUUCCCAAGAGAACUUGUGCAAACUGCUCAAAAGACAUUUUAAAUCUAAAGGAUGUGAUCAGUGUCCAGCUGGAAGAUAAUACCUCUAGCAAAAGUUUUUGCAGCCAGUCUUGUCUAAGAAAACUCUCUGUUACCCUAUAUACUGACAGCAUUUCAACCAAAUGCAGCAUGUGUCAGAAGACUACUCUCAUUCAGUAUGAAGUAAAAUACCAGAAUGUGAAACAGACUCUUUGCAGUAAUGCCUGUUUCUCAAAGUUUCACUCUACUAACAACCUCAUCAUGAACUGUUGUGAGAACUGUGGAACAUACUGUUACACUAGCUCUGAUCUGUUCCAUAUACUUCAGAUGGAAGGACAGUUCCAUUACUUAAAUAGUUCGAAGAGUAUUGCAGCAUGUAAGCAGAAACCAGCCAGAACACUUACAUCUAGUCUUUGCAAAUCGUUGAAGCCCUCAGAUGAAAUGAUUGAGAUUACCAAUGACUUGGGGAAGACAGAGCUUUUCUGCUCUGUUAAUUGUUUCUCUGCUUACAGUAAAGCUAAGAUGGAAUCUUCUACAGUAAAUAUUUCCAUGGCGCAUGAUAAUUCAAUGGAGCUCCUUUCUCCAGAGAAGCCAUUUUCUCCAAAGAAAGAUACAACUCCAGUUAUUAGCAAUAUAGUGUCAUUGGCAGAUACUCACGCUGACCCACCCACCAUGAACUCUGAUGUCUUACAAGGUACAGUUUCUUCAGAAAGAGGAAAUGUCCUAUCAGAUGUUUCUAAGAGUUCACCCAGCAAGUCAAGUAGUAGUGUUGCUAAUAGUGGUGUGGAGCACCCAAGCCUUUCACCACCUUCCUCAGUACUCAGUCAGCCUACAGUUGGCUCCAGUAUGGAAGCACAGAAAGACCAAGUGUCAAACCAAGAUGCUACAUGCAGUAAGGAAUCUAUGAAAAUGAGUGACAGACUCUAUCAUCCAAAAUUUACAUCUAAAGUACAGAAAGUUAAAGAAGCAAUUUUGGAAUGUUUAUCAUCUGAAAGAAAUGAUGUCUGUUUCAAAACUCUCUGGGAUGGAGCAGAAGAAAUAUGUCAAAAAAUAACCUGUAAAGGUUUUGAAGUUGAACGGCCUUCUUUUCAUAAAAGAAGAAAAAUUCAGAAAACAAUAGAGCUUGGCAAUUCAGACAGUAUGUUUUUUCCUACCUCACCAGAAGAACAAUAUAAAAAUAUUUAUUACCAAGGAUUAGAUACUAUAUUACAGAAUUUAAAACUAUGUUUUUCAGAAUUUGAUUAUUGCAAAGUGAAGCAAAUUUCAGAACUGUUAUUUAAGUGGAAUGAGCCAUUAAAUGAAGCAAUAGCCAAACAUGUCCAAGAAUUUUAUAAAUUUGAUGCGGACAUCAUCCCAGAACUUAGAUUUUAUCGCCAAUAUGCAAAGCUCAACUUUGUCAUAGAUAAUGAUCCUAUCAACUUCAUCUAUCUUGGCUAUUUGUUUAUUCAGCAUGGUCUUCAUAAUAAUAUCCCUUGCGUAUCAAAGCUGUUAUAUAUUGCUUUGUCCUGGCCGGUUACUGCAGCAAGUGUUGAAGACUCAUAUUCUAUACUGCCUCGUCUUAAAACAUAUUUAUGUCAUACCAUGGGACAAGAGAAGCUUAGUGGCUUGGCCCUAAUGGCUGUCGAGCAGGAAUUGGUAAAUAAACUGCUGGAGCCUGAAAGACUCGAUGGAAUCGUGGAAAAGUUUAUAAAUCAGAUAAAAGAAACAUAG